AUGUCAGAAAAAAAACAAUCAUCAUCGUCAUCAUCAUCACAGCAACAAUCAUCACCAACACAAAAUCAACAACAACAAAUACCACGUUUAAAAACAUCACCAAUUCAAAAUAAUAAAAUGGAAAAUAUGAGAGCUGUUAAUUUUUGUAAAAAACUUGUAUUUGAUUUACCAGGUUGUGUUUCACAAAAUGGUCUUGCUAUUGGUGAUGUUGAUAAUGAUGGUGAUAAUGAACUUGUUGUUGGAACAAUUCAGGGUGAUUUAUUUAUAUUUAAAGGUACAGAACUUUGGCAAAAAAAAAGUGGACUUGGAAUGAUAACAAGUAUUGCCAUUGGUGAUGUGUUUAAUUAUGGUAGAAAUGCACUUGUUGCUAUUUGUGGUGAUGGAUGGAUUAAUAUUUUUUAUAGUCCUCGUUCAGUUAAUUCAAACAUUGGUAUAAAAGAUCCUGUAGAAAAAAUAGUUAAACAUUUUGAUCAAUUUACAAUGACUGAUCAAUUUUCUAGUAAAAUGGAACGUGUACAUUUACAAAGAAUACCAACAAAUACAAAAGUUGUACUUGUUGCUGAUAUUGAUAAUGAUGGAGCAAAUGAAUUGAUAAUUGCAUUAACUGAUAGAGUUGUUAGAUCUUAUCGUUGGUUUAGUAAUGCCGAUAUUGGAUCUGGUACAUUUAUUGGUCUUAAUAAAUGGGAAUGUGCUGGUCAAAUUGGUGGUGUUGGAUUACAACAUACUUGUGAUGGAAUUCCAACACUACUUGUUGCUCAACCAGGUGGUACAUUUAUGAGAAUAAAAUGUAAUAUUGAUGAUUGUAAACCACAAGAUGAUUCUGAGCUUAAACAUGAAACAACAGCAAGUUGUGUUGAUUAUCAAACAUUGGGUAUAUCAAGAGCAAGAAAUCCAAAUAUAUCAACUCAAAUACUUGGUAAUUUAGAACCAGAAAUUAUAAAUUAUCAUGAUUCUGAUGAAUCACCGUCAAUAUUUGUGCCAAAACAAUUAAAUACAAAAAAUAAAAUUAAUGAUAAUAAAUUACCAUUAAUAAUAAACAAAGAAUCAACAUUAUUUUAUGAAAAUAAAUUAAAUUGUUUACCUGCAGACACUGAUCAAGUUGAUGGUAAUAUAAUUGGUGGUAAUAUUAUACUCGGUGAUAUUGAUGUUAAAAAGAAAAAAAAAAUACUUCCAACAUAUGAAGACUUUUCAAAAAAAAGUAAUCAAUUAAUUGAAAGUAAUAAUGAUAAUUUAAAGAUUAAUAAAGAAAAAAUUGUUAAAAAAAAUAAUGAAAAUAGUAAACCAUAUGCACUUGCAACUCUUGAUGGUACAAUUAUUCUUGUUAGAGAUGAAAUUAUUUUAUGGGCAAUGCAAGUUGAUCAUCAAAUAUUUGCUCUGGGACGUCUUGACAUAACUGGUAAUGGUUCUGAUGAUAUCGUUGCUAGUGCUUGGGAUGGACAAACAUACAUUCUUGAUCAAUCAAAAAAUUGUAUACGUUUUCAAGUUGAAGAACCAGUUGCAGCAUUUUGUACUGGUAAUUAUAGUGUGUCAUCAGGAACAAAAACACCAAGUUUAGUUUAUCAUACAUUUUCAAAUAAGAUUUAUAUUUUUCAUGAUAUUGUUUUGCCAAGCUUGACAAUAAAAUCACUAUCACUUAUGGAUUGUUUGAGUGAAAAAAAUCGUGUUUUUGUUGAUAAACUUGUUGGCAAUUUAAGUGGUACUGAACGAGCUAAAAAAAUUAAUAAAUUAACAAAUUAUUUGUUGUAUGAAAUGAAUUCUGAAGACGAUGAUAUUGAUGACAAUAUAUUAUUAUAGUUUAUUGUAAAUAUUCAUUGAUAUAAAUUUCAAAUACAAAU